AUGGUAAGACCAAGAAGAGCUGGAACUAACUAUAGGGCUAACUCGGAAGAACCUCAACCGGAAGCUCAACCGGAAGUGCAAGGAGGUAGAGGUAGGGGCCGGGGUGGUAGAGGUCGUGGUGGAGGACGAGGUAGGGGCCGAGGUAGGGGUCGUGGUGAGGCUCCCAGGCCUAACUUGGCGGAUGUGAUUGCUCAAACGGUCACCAAUAUCAUGCCGACUAUUGUUGCCCAAGUCCAAGCAACUCUUGAUGGGAACAAUGGGGUACAACCUAAUGAGCAUCAAAAUGUUGGAAACCCGGAAAAUGUGAAUGAUGAGGGUGCUCAACCUCAUGUUGUAGUAGAAGAAGAAGAAGAAGAACUCGAAAGAGCGGAUAACUAUAGGGCUAGGUAUAACCAACACGGAGUGUACCGCCAAGGUUGUCAAUUCAAAGAUUUCAAGAAUUGUGGGGCACCGGAGUUUGAUGGGUUGGGUGGGCCCGUGGAAUGUAUAAAAUGGUUUGAGAGGAUUGAAGCGGUGAUUGAAAGGAGUCAUUGUACUUAUGAUGACCGAAUUUAUUAUGCCUCCGGUAUGUUCAAGGAGGAUGCUUUAAGUUGGUGGAACCAAGAGAAGGCCUUGGGUCGGGCCCACAAUUUGGAAUGGGCCGACUUCAAGAACAAAGUGAAAGAGAAAUUUUGCCCACCUUAUGAGCUCCAAAACUUGACCAUCGAGUUUGUCCAUCUCAAAAUGGACGGGGCCGACUACAAGGGCUAUGUUAGACGAUUCCAAGAGUUGUCUACCCUUGUUCCUCACCUAGUGAGCACCGAGUCUCGGGCCAUUGAGAAGUUUGUUUUGGGUUUGACUCCACAAGUCCGUUCUCUCAUCAAUCCGGUCAUGCCUACUUCCAUGGUCGAGGCUAUUAACCGUGCCGGUAGUGUUACCGAAGACUUGUUAAGAAGUGGAGUUUUGAGUAAAUCAUCAUCGUCAUCAUCAAAAAGAAAGGAGGUUGGGGAAACAAGUGGUCCAAGGAAGAUGGGGAGGUUUGACUCCAAGAAUGCUAAUCGGGGUAGGGUGAUGGCGGCGGUGGAGCCGGUGAAGAAGCCUUAUGUGGGGCCCCACCCACAUUGUGGAAGAUGCAAUAGACACCACCCCGCCAAUGUUCAAUGUGGGGCAUGCUUUAAUUGUAACCGUUUGGGGCAUAUGGCGAAAGAAUGUAGGGCACCAAGGGUGGGUACGGGUCCGCUCAAUGUAGCUCCUAUUCAAGCUCUUCCUCCUCAAGGCAAUCAAAGAAGAGGCGAAUGUUAUGUGUGCGGUAGCCCAAAUCAUUACCGUAACAAUUGUCCUCAAUGGGUGGGACAACAAGUUCAAGUGGCCGUUCACCCCAAUCAACUACAAAUUGCCGGGCCUAACCAAAACCGGGGACAACAAGGUCACCAAGUGCAACCCCGUGGCCGAGCCUUUGCGGUCAAUGCAAAUGAGGCCCGUAAUGAUCCCAAUGUUGUUGCAGAAACGGUAAAUGGCACCUUAGCAAAACUUAGUCAAAUACUUCGUGAUUGUAUUUUGACUCUAAACGACAUCGAAUUCUACAUCGACCUUAUGCCUUUUGAAAUCGGUAGCUUUGACGUUAUUGUGGGAAUGGAUUGGUUAACGGCGGUAAAUGCAACUAUUGAUUGUGGGGAGAGGGUUGUUAAAAUACCAAUUACCGGGAUUACCCCAUCUCGUGAACUUGACUUUCGUAUCAAUCUUAUUCCGGGAGCCGCACCCGUGGCAAAAGCUCCUUAUAGACUUGCCCUCACUGAAAUGCAAGAACUCGAAGCUCAACUUAAGGAACUUCAAGAGAAAGGUUUCAUCCGUCCUAGUCAAUCUCCUUGGGGUGCUCCCAUUCUCUUUGUCAAGAAGAAAGACGGGUCGUUUAGAAUGUGUAUAGACUAUCGGGAGUUGAAUAAGCUUACGGUGAAGAAUCGAUAUCCUCUUCCUCGAAUCGAUGACCUUUUUGACCGACUUCAAGGUGCCAAGCACUUUUCCAAAAUCGAUCUCCGCUCGGGUUAUCAUCAACUCCGGGUUCAUGAUGAUGACAUUCAUAAAACGGCUUUCCGAACUCGGUAUGGGCACUUUGAAUUCACCGUUAUGCCUUUCGGGUUGACCAAUGCACCAGCAGUAUUCAUGGAUUUGAUGAACGGGUGUGUCGCCCUUUCUUGGACAAGUCCGUCAUUGUCUUUAUUGACGACAUACUUGUUUAUUCUAAAACGAAGGAAGAACAUGCCGAACACUUGCGAGAAGUACUCGAGUUGUUAA